UUCACAAUACAAAAUUUGGUUGCUUGUGGGCCGAUAAAAAAGUGGGGGUGCAAGAGUGCCGAAGCUAAACAACAUUGGAACAUGGGCUACGUCCCAAGAAACGGCGACUUUAAGCUGAAAACAAUUUCCACGAAAUUGUUCUUUUUUUUUUUUUAAUUUGAAUCUCCAACAAAUUCCAAAUCAAAUAAUUUUCAAAUAAUUCUCCUUAAGGGUUACAACCAGGGAAGGAAGUAACGAAUGAACAAGACCGAACCCCUGGCUCACCUCCCCCAAAAGGAAAAGCAAGAAGCCCCAACAACAUGGCUGAGUCGGCCAAGGAACAUUUUGUAACAACAGUCACCGAGGAUCAUGAGACUACAUGCUGGGGUUGUGGAUUGCGCCUCCUCCUUUCAACUUACGCACCUGUUUUCAAGUGUGGUUGGUGUGGAGCCGUAACAAAACAAAGUGUAAACAAACCUGAAACCAAGUGUCUUUGGUGGAGGCGCUUGCGUGAUCGGUGCUUUGUUUGUAUUCUCUUCAUAUUUAUGCUCUUUGUAAUAUGUGGGGGGGUAUGGGCUGUGUAUCCUGUUGUUUUCUCUGUCAGUUAUAUCUGCGGGAUUGUUCAUUCUAUCUUAACAAUUAUCUUGGCUGCUACUACUCUUUCUACCUUCAGUUUAGCAGCAUUCCGAUGUGCUGGCACACCACCAAUCAUAUUGUGGGGUAGCUAUCCAGUUGUAGGGAAAGGUGACCUUGAAAACUAUACCUUCUGCCACUAUUGUUCAAAGCCAAAAUCACCGAGAACUCAUCACUGCCGUUCAUGUGGAACAUGUAUAUUAGACAUGGAUCAUCACUGUCCUUUUAUAGGGAAUUGUGUUGGGGCAGCAAAUCAUCGGCACUUCAUCGCCUUCCUUUUUUCAGCUGUUUUCAGUACAAUCUAUGUUUCGGUCAUGUCUGCAUAUGCAGGGUUGCAUACCUGGCCACCGUUAAAGUAUAGAUCCCUUGGCCACUUGAACGCUUUCAGCAGUGAUGUGGCAUUGCGAGCAUUCAAGGAAGUUAUUCUUGCUCUCCUGAGCUCUGCAGUGCAACUGUCUGCUAGGGGGCUUAUUCUUGUUUAUCUAUUUGUUUCGAGCAUUUCUGUGGAGAUUGGUUUAUGCGUUCUACUAUGGCAGCAGCUCUGUUACAUAUAUGAAGGCAAAACUUACCUGACCCAUAUAAGUUCCCGGGGAGGUGAUCAGGUUGAAGAAAAGGAUUGUCAAAAUCUUCUCCGGUUUUUCGGUUGUCCAUAUUCUAUAUUGAGAUUCAUGCCUAGCCUGCGAAAUUCACGAAAGAGACACAAGAAAUGAAAAGGGAUAAUUUUCGGUUUCAUCUUGAAUUCUGAAUAUUUAAUCUCAUAUUUUUCGUUUCAGAAUGGAUUCACUGUUGAACCCCUGCCUCCUUGUAAACUGAGAUCCACAUACAAGAGGAUGUCGAGGUAUGUUACUUACGUUCAUCAUUCGGCUUCAAGAAAUUGAGAAACAGAAAUUUAAAAAAUGUGCUUUCAGUUGCCGUUGGUGGUUAUGGGAGUGGAAGAGGGAAGGGUUGAUAUCAUUGUAUUUUUGUAUUAGCAGAUUUUGAGCAUUGAGUAGAAAGAAACUUCCUGUCACCUCUUUUUGGUUUUCAAUUUAUGCGAAUGGGAUUCAAAAAUUUUCAUUUUUGUUCACAUUAUCCGCUGCUUGUUUUCUAAAAGUAAUUUGACUUUCUAAAAGUAAUUUGACUUAU